AACAUAUCGGUGCGAGACACCCGCGCGCCCGAUCGGAUUGCCACAUCGGACAAACGCGAAGCAAUUCCCAGCUGCACUUCGGAUAUCGUGAGGAUAUUUAUCUACAAGCUUUUAAUCGCCGCAGUGGAGGAACGGAACAAAAGAGGUGCAAUUGAGGCGACGGGAAUGGCAGUGUUAGUGGGAGUGAAGAAAAAGGCGACCGACAACCGAUUAUGAACAAUUUCUUGACGCGCGACAAAUAACGACAAGCAACGAUAAAUAACGCCAAAGGCAAUAUGAAGUCCAGCGUAACAAAACAGUCUUCACCGCUAGGGCCAGGUGCGGCCGUAGGCGGAACGGGAACACCCGACUCGAUGGCGUCGAUGGCCGAGAGUAGGCAUAAAAUGGGCAAAAUGUCGGACGUGUUGGCUCUCGGCCCCGUGAACGGGGAACGAAAGUUUGUUGAUUACUCGACCAUCCGCGAGAAAACGGUUCUCGUAUGUCCGACGGAGGAUCAGUUCGACUUGUUGACCAAGCGAUUAGAGGAGCGCAUCUGCGCCAGCCGCGGCGAGACGGUGUAUGAGAUCGGCAUCGGCGAAGAUGGAGGCGAGAACGGUUUGGAACCCGACGAGUACGCGGCGUCACUGGCGACGUUACAGUCGCUGGCCGCAAUGCUUGACGCAGAGUGCGUCGAGCUGCGCAUCCGCAAGGCUGAGAAGGGUACGACGGGUCAGUAUUUGAUCCGGCGGAAGGUCGAGGAGGACGAUUUUACCGAGGUGCGCGUAGCGGUCGUGGGCAACGUUGAUGCGGGCAAGUCGACGCUGCUCGGUGUGUUGACCCAUGGCGAACUGGACAAUGGCCGUGGCUUUGCGCGGCAACGACUAUUUCGACAUAAACACGAGAUCGAAAGCGGACGAACCAGCUCCGUGGGGAACGAUAUCCUCGGGUUCGACAGCGUGGGGAAUGUGGUCAACAAACCGGAUCAUGGUACGCUUGAUUGGGUAAAGAUCUGCGAGAAAUCGGCCAAAGUUAUUACCUUCAUUGACCUGGCCGGCCACGAACGAUACCUGAAGACCACCGUAUUCGGGAUGACGGGGCACGCGCCAGACUUUGGCAUGCUUAUGAUUGGAGCGAAUUCGGGAAUCGUGGGCAUGACCAAAGAACACCUCGGUCUCGCGCUGGCCCUCUCGGUUCCAGUUUUUGUCGUCGUGACCAAGAUCGACAUGUGUCCGCCCAACAUCCUGCAGGACAACCUGAAGUUGUUGUACAAAAUUCUAAAAUCGCAAGGCUGUCGCAAAGUGCCAGUGAUGGUGAAGACGAGCGACGAUGUUGUGCUGAGUGCCACCAACUUCGUCUCGGAACGGUUAUGUCCCAUCUUUCAAGUAUCGAACGUGACGGGUGAAAAUUUGGAGCUACUGAAAAUGUUUCUCAACCUGUUGAACGUGCGCACCACGGGCAACGAUGCGUUACCAACCGAGUUUCAAAUCGAUGACACGUACGCCGUACCGGGCGUCGGGACGGUCGUGUCGGGCAUUACGUUACAAGGAAUCGUAAGGUUAAACGAUACGCUGCUGCUUGGUCCCGAUCCCCUGGGCGCUUUCCUGCCGAUCACCAUCAAAAGUAUUCACCGGAAGCGAAUGGUGGUGCGUGAGGUGCGAAGCGGACAGACGGCGAGCUUUGCGUUGAAAAAAAUCAAACGCUCCCAGAUCCGCAAGGGGAUGGUAAUGGUGAGCCCGGCCCUGAACCCGCAAGCCUGCUGGGAGUUUGAUUGCGAGAUUUUGGUUCUGCACCAUCCUACGACCAUCUCGAGCAAGUACGGCCGUUGGUCGGCCAUGGUGCACUGCGGGAGCAUCCGGCAGACCGCACAGAUUCUGCAAAUGUCCAAGGAGUGCCUCCGAACAGGCGACAAAGCGGUGGUGCGGUUUCGGUUCAUAAAAAAUCCGGAAUACAUGAAACCCGGACAGCGGAUGGUGUUCCGUGAGGGACGCACCAAAGCGGUAGGAAACGUACUCCAGCCAUUGUACACCCCGGGAAGCAUUCAGCAGCGAUCGAAGCCCAACAAAAUGCAAUCCAAUCGCGGUAUUGUGGCACCCGGCUGUGGUUCGGCUUCUAUCAAACUGCCGCUAUCGAAAGGUUCCAGCGCUACGGUUGAUGCAGAAUCGAACACCACCGAUGAAAGCAUGAGCGAAACAGCCGUACUGGACAUAGGCACCGAUAAACGCAAUCACAAACCACCCGGCAGUAGCCACAAAAAGCGUCCAGUUCUUUCCAUACCCGGUGCUAGUGCGGUGGGAAGUGCGACGGCAUCACAAUCGGUUACCUCCAGCUCGGCCGGCAGUGCGAGCGGGUCGGGAACGGUGGCGUUAGAUAUGAGCAAGCUUUCAAUAGCAUCCAACUGAGCCCGGAUUUGGCUGACGAUUACCAUGAGCUAAUGUUGAAACAUUAACUUGAAAUGCGCACCGUGCGCUCGUCAAAUGGCUCUUGCCUCCUUGACUCAGGUUAUGAACCUGAACUUUUUAUGUGCUGAUACAGAAAGUUUAAGUUUACUUCCGUUUCGGUGAAUGCUGCCGAAAUCUGCAAAUGUCUCAGAAGAUCCGAAGACGAUCUGCUCAUCUGAGCGCUGCUGAUUUGUUUUUUUUAAUCAAAUGCUUUUGACUGAAUUAUUUUCGAAAUGUAUUUUUCAAACUCGCGUUGAGCACUUUUAAAUAGUUUUGGUGCAAACUGAGAGAAGUAUUUGGACGAAAGAGUGGCUUCGCAAAUUUCUUGAUUCUAGCAAGUCGAUGUGAUUGAAAACACAAAAUGUGAGUGAUUUGCGCAACUUUGAACCGAUUCUUUUUGCAUGUACAAUUCACAUUUAAAACAAUGACAACACAAGUUUCACGAUACAAAAUAAAUUUUAAUUACAAUUGA